AUGGAGUCUCAGUCUCAGACUAGUCAACCGGAAUCCCCAAGGCGUUCUCCGUACUCCAUCACCGGAAUGUUCCAAACGCUGAAGGCCAACCUUGUUUUCCGGUCAAAGCUCGCCGAAAUAAGCGGUGCAAUGGGUGAUCUCGGCACUUACAUACCAAUCGUCCUCGCUUUAACUCUCGCCAAAGACUUGGAUUUAGGCACAACCCUGAUAUUCACCGGCAUAUACAACUUCUUAACCGGAGCGCUUUACGGCGUCCCCAUGCCGGUCCAACCGAUGAAGUCCAUAGCAGCCGUGGCGAUCUCAUCAACCAACGAGGAUUUCGGCAUACCGGAGAUGAUGGCUGCCGGAAUCUGCACCGGAGGGAUCUUGUUCUUGCUAGGGAUCUCUGGUUUGAUGCAGUACGUGUUCAACAUAAUCCCUCUAUCUAUUGUUAGAGGGAUUCAGUUGUCACAGGGCUUAGCCUUUGCCAUGUCUGCGGUGAAGUAUAUUAGGAAUGAGCAAGAUUUUGCUAAGCACAAGAGUGCUGGUGAUAGGCCAUGGUUAGGGCUAGAUGGUGUGAUAUUGGCUCUGAUAUGUGUUCUCUUCAUAGUUGUUGUGAAUGGAGAUGGUGAAGAGGAAGAAAAGAAGGAGGAAGAGAGCGAUGAUGGGUCGAGAAGAAGAAGAAGGGUUUCGAUAAGGAAGGUCAUGCAUAGUCUGCCAUCUGCUUUGUUGAUUUUCUUGUUAGGUGUUGUCUUGGCGUUUGUAAGGAGGCCAGGUAUCAUAAACGACAUGAAGUUUGGCCCUUCGAAGAUGAAGAUAGUGAAGAUAGACAGAGAAGCAUGGAAGAACGGGUUUAUCAAAGGGACGAUUCCGCAGUUACCUCUCUCGGUUUUAAACUCUGUGGUGGCUGUGGUUAAGCUUUCGUAUGAUUUGUUCCCUGAGAAGCAGUUCUCGGCGACGUCGGUUUCGAUGACUGUUGGGUUGAUGAACAUGGUGGGAUGUUGGUUUGGUGCAAUGCCUACUUGCCAUGGAGCCGGAGGGUUAGCUGGUCAGUACAAGUUUGGUGGGAGGAGUGGUGGGUGUGUGGCGUUGUUGGGAAUGGCUAAACUGAUAUUAGGGUUGGUUUUAGGAGGUUCGUUGUUGAGUAUAAUGGCGAAGUUUCCGGUUGGUAUGAUUGGGGCUUUGUUGCUGUUUGCUGGGAUAGAGCUUGCAAUGACUGCUAGGGAUAUGAACACAAAGGCAGAUGCGUUUGUUAUGCUUGUUUGCACGGCUGUUGCUUUGAGCUCAAAUGCUGCUAUAGGGUUUUUGGUUUCGGGUAUUUUGUGGGGAGUUUUGUGGUUGAGGAACUACAAGAAGGUCAAGCCAAGCGAGAGCGAGAACGGCCUCCCUCAACAAAUCGACUCAGUCCGAUCGCCCGAUGAACGUGCUUGA